AUGGGUAUCUGAUCGACGUUCGACAAUAGCUCUAGGCUGAUACUAACAGUACAGAAAAGUGAAUAGUGAAAUACAAUUUUGUGUUUAACAUUGGAUUAAGUCUUUAAACGUCGGCAAUGACAGGCAGGGCCGCCGUGGUAGUUGCAGUUGUCGCUGUCGUGGUGUUGGCGAUUGUGGUCUGUGGCGUUCAGGGAAAGAAGCAUAAGUCGACGACACUGUAUUUGGAACCUGUUUCUACUAGACGAAGGACGAAGUUUACGUCGUUUGUAGAAGAGCUCCUGACACACCGGGGCCCCCUCAGGUGUAGCUGGCAGGCCGUGAACCUGCUGGGGAGGAGGAAGCGGAUGUGUUCCAACGCCAGUCUCAUCCUGCUGCGCGCCUACUGCCAGUGGCUCGUCGACACAGGCGUGCACCCUCUCGACGACUUCUGCUACAAAGCGCCGCUCAGUUUCCCCUGAUUACGUCAUCAACGCCCGGCAACAAGGGAGAUAACUACCAUUUCAGAGGGGCGAGAAUCUCCACCAGCAAGGAGUUGCGAUUGUGAACCAUAACUAUUGAUGAUAAUCCGCGUGUUUGUUGUUCGCUCGUGAAAAUGUACGCGAUUGAAGUAUAUAUUAAACUAUUUAUAUUUG